AUGGGAUACCUUGGAGGUGUCAAUUGGUGUAUUCUGGUGUGUUUUAUCAACCAGCUUUAUCCGACGGCAGCGCCCUCGACAUUGUUGCUGCGCUUUUUUAUGGUCUUGAACAAUUGGAAAUGGCCACUCGCCAUACAAUUAUGCAAGGCACAUGAUGCAAAACUUGGUCUAGAAGUUUGGAACGCUAAUGCGGGUCACAAUCGCUACCAAGUAAUGCCGAUAUUGACGCCUGCUUACCCAUCAAUGAAUUCGUCAUUUAACGUGUCAACCCAUAGUCUUGCAGUGAUGAAAAAAGAGUUUAAACGUGGCUUAACUAUUGUUCAGGACGUCCUGAGUAAAGGAGGGUCAGAAUGGGGACCUUUGUUUGAGCCAUCUGAGUUUUUUGCUGUUCACCAACACUACCUUGCAGUCGAGGUGUACACCGUGAAGCAGGAGGAAGAGCAGGCGUGGUGUAGUUUCUGCGAAUCUCGCAUGCGUAAACUUGUCGAGUCUUUAGCGUACAAUCCGGCACUCUGCAGUUUGCGUGUCUUCACCAAAAAAUACGCACUUAGUUACGUGACGAGUGGUGACAAGCCCUCCAAUGAGCAUCCAAAUGGUCAGACUUCCAAUCAAUCACAAGUUCAGCCGAGCAAGCUAGGUUCCUGUUUCUACGUCGGUUUUGACAUCGAUCGCCGCCAGCUGCGCAGUCGUGAAGUGAGCAUUGAUAGUUCAGUAGAAUAUUUCAAAAAUAACGAUUUAUACCGCUGGAACAAGCGAACUCCUACGAUGGACGUGCGAAUAACUCCAAUUGUUUGGAAAACCCUGCCGGAUAUCGUGUUCGAAGAAAUGGGUGGACGGGCAGUCGCGCGCGCCCUCCGACGAGAUGAUGACGGUAUGCAUUCUCAAGAGGAUGGGGAUGUGUCCACUUUCAGUCAGAAGCCUACUUUACCAGUUCCCAAAUCAACCCAUGGUAAAGACAGCCUUUUGCAACCAGGGAGUCCUGACCCAGCAGCCGAUGGAGGAGAAGGAACCAACACUCAUCUAGCGACUGCUACUCUAGAAAAACCAAAAGUGGUGAUGCAGGUGGUAUCCCUUGAAAGUACAUGUAAGCAUGACCACGAUGGUAAGAUGCUAGACGGAAAUGAAAGCCUGGACGAGAAAGUGCUAGAUUGUGGCGAGAUUUAUACUCAAAGGUCGAUCAACGGAUCUGCAGCUCAACAAUCGAUUACCUCUCCAGUGAAGUUGAUGAAAAAGCCACUGAAUCCAGCUCCCUCCGUCGCUUCGCCGCCACGCAAAAGACGUAAAAUGAAAAUCACAUUUGCUAAACUAAAUUAA